AUGGAAGACGAAGUCCAGCGACAGUUUGACCAUGACUCCAGUAAUCCCACUGCGAGCGACCGUGUGACCAAUGAUAAGACACAUGAUCUUGCAGGGGCACUGCAUUCUCUGGAAGAAAGAAGAUUGAUCAGAAAGAUCGACCUGAAUCUGAUGCCGCUGCUUAUCGUGAGCUACGGAUUGCAAUAUGUGGACAAGACGAGCCUCUCUUACAGUGCCAUCCUCAACAUACAACAUGACCUCAAUCUUCGAGGGCAAGACUUUAGUUGGGCGUCUGGAAUAUUUUAUAUCGGAUAUCUUGCCGCAUCGUAUCCGAUAUCCCUCGGGUUUGUUCGAUUCCCACUGGGAAAAUAUCUAACUGUCCUCAUCUUUCUAUGGGGCAUUGUCCUCACACUGCAUACGGUCGCGAAUGAUUUUGCUAGUCUUAUGGUUCUAAGAACCUUCCUGGGUGUCUUCGAAAGUGCCAUCAGCCCGGGGUUCUCGAUGAUCACAGGGAUGUGGUAUACGCCUCCGGAACAUGUCUCUCGGCACUCUUUCUGGUUUACAGGCAAUAUCAUAGCCAGCGUAAUCGGGUCAAUGAUUGCAUACGGGAUCUUGUAUUAUGCGGGAGACUUUCCACAAUGGAAGAUGCUAUUUCUCAUAUUUGGCUUGAUUACUAUUGCGUGGUCCGUCCUGCUCUGGUUCUACCUGCCAGACUCCCCAUCGACCGCCCACUUCCUCACACCUACAGAGAGAAAAAUGGCCUCCUUACGCCCAAAGAAGUUCCAACGUACUACCCAGACCAAGAAAUGGGACCGAGCGCAGUUCAAAGAAGCACUCAUCGACCCGAAGACGUGGUGGUUUGUACUAUUCGCGUUCGUCAUCUGUGUGCCAAACGGUGGCCUAACCAGUUUCGGCACGCUGAUCAUCAAUGGCUUCGGCUACGACAAGUUCCAAACCAUCCUCAUGGGGCUCCCAGCAGCAGCGUUCCAGCUCACGAUGGUCAUCCUUGCAGCCGUCCUCACCACUAACAUUCGCAGAUCUCGACUGUUCGUGCUAAGCGCGAUCUGCCUAGUUGCAAUAGCCGGUAUCCUCAUGAUCAAGCUGCUGCCCACGUCAAACAAGCUGGCUCGACUCGCUGGCCUCUGGCUAACCACCAGCGUGUCGCCCGCAUUUCCUCUAAUGAUGUCCCUAUUCGCAAGCAACACAGCAGGGUUCACCAAAAAGUCCAGCGUUGUGGGCUUGAUCUUCGUGGGCUACUGCGUUGGGAAUUUCGUCGGCCCCCAGUUUUUCAGAAGCGAGGAAGCGCCUGGAUACGAGACUGCAUUUGUGACUAUGCUUGCUUGUGCGGCUAUUGUUUGUGUCAUUACGCUUACAUUCCAUGUUUACCUGCGCUGGGUCAACAAAACACGAGAUCGAGAGCAAGGCGUACACAUUGACCCGGAAAAACAUCGCGAGGUCAAUCUGCAGACAGAUGAAGAUUUAGAUGAGGUGGAUGAAACCGACAUGCAGAACAAGAGCUUUCGAUAUAUACUCUAG